AUGAAUAUUCAAAAUUACUCAACCAAAGAUGAAAAAAAGAAAACCUUGUUAAAACCACGAAUACGAUCUUCCAGUAAAGAAACAACAUAGUAGUUGCUUACUUAAGCAAGAGUUGCAAUUUAAAACCCUCCUGUUUAUAUAAAUACAACUGCUGAUAAAUAUAGAAAGCAUUCUGUUGAUAAUAAGAAACAAGUAAAACCAAAAAAAAAGAAGAAAACCUAAAAGAAGAUUUAAUGUAUUGUUAUCUAUCAUUAAUAAUAGAGUUAGAUAAUGAGGAAGAGUAAAAAUUAUUAGAGGAAGAAUAGAAAAGACUUAGAAAUUUAGAGGAGUUUCAAAGAUAAUAAUGGAAAAAAAUGAGUUAAGAAGAAAGAGAUAGAUUAAAAAAUGAAGAAAAUGAUAGAGUUUAAAUAGAAAUGAUAUGGGAUAAAGAAAUACAUGAAUAAAAAAAAAUGUUUAGAAUUUGA